CCCUAAUCUCCCACUUCCUUACCGCGUUAGCUUUCUUGGUGCUAGCUAGCCUAGCUACUAGCUAUAGCCAACAAUUCCUUGUAAGGAUGAAUUCUAACAAAGUUGUGGUUAUUGGGUUCGGCAUUCUUCUCCUUGCUUUCCUUCAUGCCGUCGUGGUGCCUCCAUCCAUGGCUGCCGUCCCAUUGAUCCCGCGCUCGCACCUGCAGGAGAUGGCAGGCGGAGGCAGCGCAUUACCCACAGUUGAGCCAUCGGGAUGGGGCAAGAAGUGUCACACGGUUGACACAAGCUGCCCGUCAAAGUUCUGCUGUUCUUGCUCGAUAGGUUCUUGCGGAGCCUGCUGCGGCUAAUGAUGACUCGUAAAAUAUUACUGCUGGUGGCGAGGCGGGAUGAAAAGGAAGAACAAGACUAUCAAGAUAUGAAAUUAUGUUUUGUUUGGGUUUAAAAAUCGAUCUAUAAUAUGUGUACGUACUUUCCCUUUGGAAUAAUGGGUUCUUCCCUUAAUAAAUGUUUUUGUCUUUUGAAUGUUA